AUGCGAUCAUUAGCAUCAGUUAAAGAAGAAAUUCGUCUAUUAGAACAAAAAUAUUCAUCAGACAAUGAACAAUUUGAAAUAUUAUCAGCUAAAUCGUUUGAACAUAUUAUUAGUACGUAUCGGAAUAAAAAAUCAAAUAGUUCAAUUUCAAUAGAUUGUGCUAUCCAAGAACCAUUGUACAAAUGUUUUUGGUUUAAUAAUGAUAAUAAUAAUACAUCAAAAGAAAUAGAUGAAGAAUUGGGACGAAUAUUUGAAUAUUUAAAUGAAGAUGAUUGUAAUAGAACAAUGGGACAACAAAUAGAAAUAAUCAUAAAUCGCCUUAAUGACUAUUUUAAUAAUAAAACAACAACAAUCACUUCAACUGAACAAGAAGCUAAAAAUGAAGAUUCUGGUAAUGAUGAAGGCUCUAAUCGCCAGGAAGAAGAAGAAGAUAGAAGUGAAGGCGAUGAAGAAGAAGAUGACGACGGCGAUGAUGAUGAUGCAUUAUUGAUAGCAGAAAGAGACUAUAAACAAGAGAUGAUUGAUGGAAUAAGUGUAGAAAAUCAUCAGCUGUUGGAAAAAUUAAAAUAUCGUCGAAUUAAUGAAUCAUCACAACAAAAUCAUCAAAAAAUGUAUGAAAAAUUGUUUGCAUCCUCGACGACUCCUUCAGUAAUGUCUCAAAAGAGUAGCAUAGCUUCAGCAGUGUCAUUGCCAAAGAAAUCAACAUCCAUACAAGCCACAGAUCGUUUAAUGAAAGAAUUACGUGAAGUAUUUCGUUCUGAAAGUUAUAAAAAAGGAAUUUAUACCGUAGAAUUAGUCGAUGAUUCUCUUUACGAUUGGAAUGUGAAAUUGUAUCAUGUUGAUAAAGAUAGUAAACUUUAUGCCGAUCUACAAUUAUUGACAACUCAUGAAAAAAAUGUAAAUAAAUUAGAUCAUAUAUUAUUGAAUUUAUCCUUCACAGAUAAUUUUCCAUUUUCACCCCCAUUUGUUCGUAUAAUCAAGCCAAUUAUCACAGGAGGUCAUGUUUAUCAAGGUGCAAUUUGUAUGGAAGUAUUAACAAAACAAGGUUGGUCAAGUGCAUAUAGCGUGGAAUCAUUAGUAUUACAAAUUUGCUCAACAAUUGCCAAAGCACAAGCUAGAAUCGAUUUUAAUAGUAUAAAUGAAUCAUUUCCAUUGCACAAAGCAUUAUCAGCAUUUCGACAUAUUAGCGAUAUUCAUGAGAAAUCGGGAUGGUCUACUCCCCCUUUGACCGAAGCUGAUGAUCUGAAACCUGAAGAACGUACAAGAAAGGAAAUUUUUACAUCAAACAUAACGAAUUCAAGAGACUAUUAUUUAUUAAAAAGAUUAAACGUUCAUUUUAUUACAGAAUCAAAUAAUCUAAAACAAAUUGUUCAAUGUCCUCUAUUACCUGCUAAUUUAGUUGGUCUUGUGAAUACUAAUUUACAUUCGUAUACAAUUCAAGAAAUUGAACAAUAUUAUUCUAAUGUUAAACAUGGUGGUCACUGGUGGCCAGAACAUUGUACAUCAAAUAAUCGUGUAGCUAUUAUUGUACCCUAUCGAAAUCGACUUUUUCAAUUAAAAAUAUUUUUAUAUUCUAUACAUAGUUUUUUACAAAAACAAUUAUUAGAUUAUCAGAUAUUUCUAGUCGAACCACAAAAUAAUAUUACAUUUAAUCGUGCAUUAUUAUUCAAUAUUGGAUUUAAAGAAGCUCUCAAACAUUAUGCAUGGGAAUGUUUUAUAUUUCAUGAUGUUGAUUUAAUACCAGAAGAUGAUCGAAAUUUUUAUUCUUGUCCAGCAGAGCCAAGACAUAUGUCUGUUGCUGUUAAUACAUUAGAUUAUCAAUUACCUUAUCGAACUAUCUUUGGUGGUGUUUCAGCAAUGACCGAAGAACAGUUUAGAUCUUUAAAUGGAUUUUGUAAUAAUUUUUUCGGUUGGGGUGGUGAAGAUGAUGAUAUGGCUGCUCGAAUAAUGACAAAAUAUCGUAUAUCAAGAUAUCCAUUGUCAAUUGGACGAUAUAGAAUGCUUGGACAUGAGAAAGAUGAACCAAAUCAAAACAGAUAUCGCAUAUUAAAAUCAAGUUUUAAACUUCGUAAUGUCGAUGGUUUAUCUAAUCUUCAAUAUAAAUCUAUUAUAAGAUUGACUAGUAUGGCUACAGCAGCAACAACAACAACAACAUCCACUGUAUCAUCGAUAAAUAAUUGUGUUCUUGAAUAUGAAACAGAAAUUAUUUUAAAUUUAUAUCAUGAGGAUGGUUUGCUUAUAUUAGCACGUGGCCUGGGUUUAGAGCGAAUAUUCAAAGAAAUAAUUAAACUUUAUUGUGCUGAUCAUAGUCUCGUAUUUAUUGUGGGUUGUACUGAUAAUGAACAAGCCUAUUUUAUUUUGGAACUUAUUGCUGAUGGUAUUGAUCCACCUCCACGAGUUGUUACAACAGAUAUUCUAAGUAAUGAAAGAAGAGAAUUAUAUUUACAAGGUGGAAUAUUUUUUGUUACAUCUCGCAUAUUAACUGUUGAUAUGUUAACAUUUCGUGUACCAAUUGAAUUAAUAAGUGGUUUACUUGUCUAUCGUGCUCAUCGUAUUACUGAUUCAUCACCCGAAUCAUUUAUUUUACGUUUAUAUCGUGAGAAAAAUAAACAUGGUUUUAUAAAAGGUUUUAGUGAUUCAUCAAUUGAUUUUUCCAAAGGUUAUAAUCAAUUAGAAUUAGUAAUGAAAAAUUUAUUUUUAAAAAAUUUAUAUUUAUAUCCUCGAUUUCAAGCUACUAUACGUAAUACAUUUGAUAAAUCAGCACCAGAUGUUAUUGAAUUACAAAUACCAAUGACAUCAUCAAUGAUAGAAAUUGAAUUAUCAUUAAGAAAUUUAAUUAAUAUUUGUUUACAAGAUUUAAAACAGUCAACAACAUAUUUGGAUAACGAUAUAUUGAAUACAGAUAAUGUUAUAUUGACAACAUUUGAUCGUCUAAUAUAUAUUCAACUACAACCAGUAUGGAAUCAAAUUAGUUUUAGAACAAAACAAAUUAUUAAUGAUAUAAAAACAUUAAGAUUGUUUAUAUUAUAUUUGACACAGUAUGAUUGUGUGACAUUUUAUAAUGCUAUUUAUAGUGUUUAUCAAAAUGAACGACUGUACGGUAAUAAAAGUAAAUCAAUAAAUUCAUCACAAGCAUCAACUGGCAAUUGGCUAUUGCUUCCAGCAGCAGAAACACUUCUAAUGGUGUCAAAAGCGCGAGUAUUUGGAGAACCGCCAAAGAAAAAAAAGUUACAACAACAACAAGAACAACAACAACAACAACAAACACAACAAGAUGAUGGAGUAAAUGUUGAACAACCAGUCACUAAACCAAAAUUAGAAGAAAAUCCAAAGUGGAAAGUAGUUGCUGAUGUAUUAGAUGAAAUUCGAAAGAAAGAUAAUUUUCCUGAAUUAGGAUCACCUUGUGUUUUAAUUGUUUGUGCUGAUGAUCGUGCUUGUUCACAGUUAAAACAAUAUCUGACAAUUGGUGGUCACGAAAUGUUGGAACAUUUAUUAGAACUAACCUUACAUCCAACGCUGGCAAAUGAAUCGAAUGAGUCAAAAAAUUCAACAGAAAAAGACAAGAAGAAAAAACAUACAUCAACUACUAAAAAAUCCAUAAAUGGUAUUGAAUUGGAUGAUAUUGAAGGUGGCUAUGUGAUUAAUGAUUUUUCGGAUAUGAGCGUCGUUCUUUAUCCAUUUAGUGGCAAUAUUGAUAAUCAUUUUGUACUUGGUAAAAUUUUAUUAAAAUAUCGACCAAGAUAUGUUAUUUUACAUGAUGCAUCAUUAACAUUUGUUCGACAAUUAGAAGUAUUUAAAGCGACAAAUAUUGAUCAUCCAUUACGUGUUUAUUUUUUACUAUAUUCAAAUUCAAUUGAAGAACAACGUUAUCUGUUAAGUGUUAAAAAAGAAAAAGAUGCAUUUGAAAAUUUAAUUCGAGAAAAAGCUACAAUGGUUAUACCUGAAGAACGUGAUGGACGCUGUGAAGAUAAUCCAUUGUUAUCUCGUGAUGCUACACCUGCUAAUCAAAUGGCAUAUGGCACCGUUAUUGAUACAAGAAAAGGUGGUUUAUUAUCGGAAACUGUGAGAGCAAAGGUUAUUGUUGAUAUGAGAGAAUUUAGAAGUGAAUUACCAUCAUUAAUAUACAAACGUGGUAUCGAUAUUGAACCUGUUACACUUGAAGUUGGUGAUUACAUUUUGACACCUGAAAUAUGUGUUGAAAGAAAAAGUGUAUCAGAUUUAAUUGAGUCAUUGAAUAAUGGUCGAUUAUAUACACAAGCAUUACAAAUGACACGAUUCUAUAAACGACCCAUAUUAUUGAUUGAAUUUAAUCAAAAUCAUGUUUUUCAUUUAACCAAUAAAAAUGGUAUUUCAAAUGAUUUCAAUUCGAACGAUAUCACAUCAAAAUUGGCGCUGUUAACAAUGCAUUUUCCAAAAUUAAGAAUAUUAUGGUGUCCAUCACCACAUGCUAGCGCUGAAUUAUUUGAAGAUUUGAAAAUAGAUCGUGAUCAACCUGAUACAAAAAGUGCUAUGACCGUAACAUCAGAAAUUGGAAUUAUUGAUGAUGAUGAACGAUAUAAUCCCAUUGAUAUACUUGUUCGUAUGCCGGGUAUUAAUUUUAAAAAUUAUAAAUUAUUAAUGAAUAAAGUUGAAAAUUUACAACAAUUAAGUAAAUUAAGUGAAAAUGAAUUAGGUGCAAUAUUACAAUCAUCUAAACAUGGUUCAACUUUGUUUAAUUUUAUACAUAAGAAAAAAGUUGAACUUGUCGGUGAAAUUCAACAAAAGAAAAAAAUAAUGAAAACAUCAAGCUAUAACAAAUAUCGUAAACGGCAUUGA